AUGUCGUCUCCAAGUGCUGGUAAAAGGAGAAUGGACACUGACGUUAUUAAAUUAAUUGAAGCAAAUCAUGAAGUAAUUAUUACGGGUGGCUUAAAUGAAUUUUUGGUUAAAUUUUAUGGACCUAAAGGAAGUUGGAUUUGAACUAAUUUAAAAAAUAUUUUUUUUUAAUUUUAGCAGCAUAUGAAGGAGGAGUUUGGCGUGUUAGAGUUGAUUUACCAGAAAAAUAUCCGUUCAAGGUUCCUUUUUAAUUUUUUAAAUUUUUGAUUUUUUUGCUGAUAGUGUUGUUUACCCCCCUUUUUUCUUUCUAGAAAGGGCCCGAUUUUGCUUAUAAGAGAAUGGAAAGGCUUGAAUCCUUCGUCAACUCAUAUCCUUUACAUCAUGCAUAAUUGUUCUGUACACCACGUACUUCGAAUCCUUUUUUCCUUCAAGUCCAAAUUCUCCCUUACCUUCAAGAACAAGUUCGUCGGCCUUCGAAGUCCAAGUUCCCGGUUAGGGUUGCCGACC